CCAUAGAGAGGGGGAGCUAGAGGGGAGGGGACAGCCUGGGUGGUGGGGGGGUGGCGGUGUUGCUUCAUGGCGACGUGGGGGCUGAUGCUGCGAGCGGGGCCAAGGCUGCUGAGGGAGCGAAGGGCCCGGGUAUCGCUUUGCUUGCUCAGAAGGACGUUGUUUGGAUUGCCCCGAACCAAAGUGGGUUCUGCAGUGACCCAGCAGAGAGAUGUUUGCCUGAGGCUCUGCAGCCCACGAAGCUCCACAGCAGCCACCGGUGCAUCUAGUGAGGACAUCUGGCUGAAGUGGGGCCUCCUCCUCGUGCCCCUGACUGCAUUCUGUCUCGGCACAUGGCAGAUUCAGCGUCGAAAAUGGAAACUAGAUUUGAUCGCACAGCUGGCAUCUAGACUUUCAUCAGAGCCCAUCCCUCUGACAUUAGACCCUAUGGAGUUGAAGGAAUUGGAGUACAGGCCUGUAAAGGUCCGAGGGCAUUUUGAUCACUCCAAGGAGCUCUACAUUUUACCACGGUCACUUGUGGACCCUGAGCGAGAAGCCAGAGAAGCUGGAAGGCUGACAUCCCAUGCAGAAAAUGGAGCAAACGUCAUUACUCCUUUCUACUGCACGGAUCUAGGGGUCACGAUUUUAGUCAACAGAGGAUUCGUGCCCAAAAAGAAACUGAAACCAGAGACCAGGCUGAAGGGACAGAUUGAAGAAGAAAUCGAUCUCACGGGGGUGGUGAGGUUAUCAGAAAAAAGGAAACCUUUUGUGCCUGAAAAUAACGCUGAAAAAAACCGCUGGCACUACCGUGACCUGGAGGCCAUGGCAAAGGUGACCGGUGCUGAGCCCAUCUUCAUUGAUGCAGAUUUCAGAAGCACAGUCCCAGGAGGUCCCAUUGGAGGCCAGACAAGAGUGAGCCUGAGAAACGAGCACAUGCAGUACAUCAUUACCUGGUACGGCCUGUGUGCUGCAACUUCCUUCUUGUGGUACAGAAAAUUCAUACGAAAAGUACCUGUAUGAGGGGAAGGAUUCAUUCCUGCUCUCCUGUAAUACAGACAAGACUGCAGCCAGAUCAAUCCUGAAGAGCUCAGUCUCAGGGCAUGGGACGUAACAGCUGAUGCUGGCAGCAGUUUGAACAUCAGGAUUAAUGGUGGGUGUUGACACACUUACUUACAACAGCUUUGUGAUCAUCUGAAGGAUGCAUUUUUCUAUUGUAUUUGGGUAGUUUGGUCACAAGCUACAAAACCUUUUCUUCUCCACUGCUGUAUUUUCUAUAUUCAGUCUAAACAAAUCAGGGCAAGGGAUUUGAUCAAUCCCUAUUUUUCACCUAGCAGUCGUUCCUGAAGCCAAGAUGGGGGCACUGCAGUUCCAUCAGGAUAAAUAAAACAGGCCUGUUAGUA